AUGGGGCCCCAGUCCAUGAAAAAGAAGCAGCAACUUCAACAGCAGCUUCAUCAGAUUCCCAAGUUAGAUAAAUUCAUAAUACAAACUUACAAAGAAGAGACUGCUCCAGAACAAGAUUCUAGCACCCAAAUUGAAUCAACUGAACUCAAGAAGGUGAAUGCAGUUGGUGAGCAGAAUUUAGAGUCUGAGUCAGUUUGCGAGCUAGAAGAAGAAAUAUCACAGUUAUCUCCAUCUAUAAGUCCUCAUGUGGAAGUCGAACAGAGGGACAUUUCCAGUGAUGAAAAUGAAGAGAAUAAAAGCCAGAAAGAGAAAAAUUCAAUAGAGAAUGGCUGGUAUAUUCUCCCUCAACGGGAUGUGUUUUUUGUUUUAUCUAUACAAGCUGAGAAAGAGUAUUGGAAGCAAGUACUUCACAGAUGUGUAGUGAUCAAAACAUUAAGUGAACGUGGAUUGGCUUUUAGAGGAGACAGUGAAAUCAUAGGAUCCCCCAACAAUGGGAACUACUUGGGAUUGUUAGAACUGAUUGCCAAAUUUGACUUGUUUUUAUCCAAUCACAUAGAAAAAUAUGGUAACAAGGGCACAGGAGUUCCAGUUGAAAGAUUUAUAUCAUUCUUAAAAUUGGGAGAGCACACUAGUCUUUUUAUGGCUAAUUCGGUUGUUGAUUAUUUAGUGAAUGAAUGCGGCAUUGACUUCUCAAAAUGUAGGGGACAAUCAUAUGACAACGCCGCUAACAUGAGCGGCAAAUACAAUGGCAUGCAAACUCACAUCUUAAAGCAAAAUAAAUAUGCAAUUUUUGUUGCAUGUGAUGGUCAUUCGCUCAAUCUGAUAGGCCGAGCUGCAGCAGAUUGCUGUCUUGAAGUGAUUAUUUUUUUCGGCAUCAUCCAAGAAAUUUACAAUUUCUUUUCAUCAUCAACCAAGAGAUGGGCAGUAUUAACUUGUUGCUUAGAACCUGGAGCUUCAGUUACUAAAACGUUGUCAGAAACUCGGUGGGAGGCCCAUGCAACCGCGGUCUCUGCAGUUAAAGAAAACAGUGAGUCAACUGAAGAGGCCCUUGCUCAAGAGUCAAAUGAACGAGAAAAAAGAAGACAUCUAAAAGGGCAAGAAAAAGAAAGACAUUUUGAUGAACUUUCUGAUCCUGCAGAGCCAGAAGAGCAACUUUCUCCACAAGACACAUUUCAACUGAAGUCUUUCAGUCCCAUCUUGGAAGCACUGGAAUCAAAUCUUUCAAAAAGAGCAGAGGUGUACACAUUUAUUGCCCAAACUUUUCAUUCCUUACUGAUCUAG